AUUAUCAUAGAAUCCCUUCAAAGACGCCACAAAACCCUAAUACCCAAACCCAAAUCUACUAGCAGCAACGUUCGCCCAUCCGCUGCAGGGCUACUGAUCCAAGUCUCCCGGCGCCACCAGAACAUCCGCAUCAAUCAACUCCGCUGAAACGAGAAAGCUAGGAAAUGGCGUCGAAGUACGACUUGACGCAGCGGAUAGCGCCGCAGUUGGACCGGCAUCUGGUGUUCCCACUUCUUGAAUUCUUGCAGGAGAGAGGUUUGUACCCCGAGGAAGAUCUUUUGAAGGCGAAAAUUGAGCUUCUUAACAAUACGAACAUGGUCGAUUAUGCUAUGGACAUUCACAAAUCCCUCUACCGAUCCGACGACGUUCCCACCGAAAUGGUGGAAAGGAGAGCUGAGGUGGUGGGUAGGCUUAAGGCAUUGGAAGAGGCAGCAGCUCCUUUGAUUACAUUUCUGCAGAAUCCUAAUGCAGUUCAGGAAUUGAGGGCUGACAAACAGUACAAUCUUCAGAUGCUUAAUGAUCGCUAUCAGAUUGGUCCAGAUCAGAUAGAAGCGUUGUAUCAAUAUGCCAAAUUCCAGUUUGAAUGUGGAAACUACUCUGGUGCUGCUGAUUACUUGUAUCAGUACAGGGCCUUGUGCACCAAUAAUGAAAGGAAUUUAAGUGCAUUAUGGGGAAAGCUAGCAGCAGAGAUAUUGAUGCAAAAUUGGGAUAUCGCACUAGAGGAGCUUAACCGCUUGAAGGAAAUUAUUGACUCUAAGAGUUUCUCUUCUCCGUUGAAUCAAGUGCAGAGUAGAAUAUGGCUAAUGCAUUGGAGUUUGUUUAUCUUCUUCAACCACGACAAUGGAAGAACACAGAUUAUUGACUUGUUUAAUCAGGACAAGUAUCUGAAUGCAAUUCAAACAAAUGCACCUCAUCUUUUACGUUACCUGGCAACUGCUUUCAUUGUCAACAAAAGGAGGCGGCCUCAAUUUAAGGAAUUUAUAAAGGUGAUCCAGCAAGAGCAGUACUCUUAUGAAGAUCCCAUUACUGAGUUUUUGGCUUGUCUAUACGUCAACUAUGAUUUUGAUGGGGCUCAUAAAAAGAUGAAAGAAUGUGAAGAAGUGAUAUUGAAUGACCCAUUUCUUGGGAAGCGAGUUGAAGAAGGAAACUUUACCUCCAUACCAUUAAGAGAUGAGUUCCUUGAAAAUGCACGCCUUUUCAUCUUUGAGACCUAUUGCCGUAUUCAUCAGCGCAUUGACAUGAGUGUGCUUGCUGAGAAACUGAAUUUGAAUUAUGAGGAGGCAGAAAGAUGGAUUGUGAAUCUUAUAAGGACCUCAAAGCUUGAAGCUAAGAUUGAUUCAAAAACAGGAACAAUUUUAAUGGAGCCCAAUCAUGCCAAUGUGUAUGAACAGCUUAUUGAUCAUACAAAAGCACUUUCUGGCCGCACUUACAAAUUGGUCAGCCAGCUUCUGGAACAUGCUCAGGCUCAGGUUACCCGGUAGAUUUUUUAGUGGUAGUGGUCGAUUGAAAUUGAUGAAUUAGUUUUAUCCUUACAAAUUUUGGAUUAAGAGCAACUACAGUUGAUGUCUUUUAUGUAGAUUCAUGCCUUAUUGCGAGGAAUCUAACAAUUCCUAAAUUGUAUGGUGCUGUAAUAUGCUGUUAUAAGAUUAACAUUAAUAUGCUUUGGAUCAAUUGAUUUAAGAAUCAGGAGGCUAUGUGAAGAUUGGAAUGAGCCUAUGCCUAUUGAUUACAA